AUGUUACAGAGUACAUAUAAUGAAGAGAGAAGUCACCAAUGCAAUGACUCUCAGAAAAACUUUAACCAAGGGUCAAAUUCUAAUAACCAUCAGAGAGCUCAGCUUCCACAGAACAAGUAUAAAUGUCCUAAAGUCUUUGAAAAAAGGUCAAAUGUUUUUAUACCUCAGAGUAUUCUUACUGUAAAGACAGAAAGUUUUAGUGAAUGUGCCAAGUCUUCCAAGCAAGCAAAUCUUACUGAACAUAAAAGUGCUCAUAUUGAGGAGGAGUCUCUCCUGUGUAAUCACUACGUGAAAGUGUUUAGUCAGUCUUCUAAGUUAAAUAUACAUAAGGAAAUCCAUACUGCAGAGAAGCCUUACAAAUGCAAAGAAUGUGAUAAAGCCUUUAAGUGGCAGGCAAAUGUUAUUUUACAUCAGAGAAUUCAUACUGGAGAGAAGCCUUAUAAAUGUAGAGAAUGUGGCAAAGCUUUUAUCCAGAGCUCACAUCUUACUCGGCAUCAGAUCAUUCAUUCUGGAGAGAAGCCUUAUAAAUGCAGAGAAUGUGGCAAAACUUUUAUCCAGAGCUCACAUCUUACUCGACAUCAGAUAAUUCAUUCUGGAGAGAAGCCUUAUAAAUGUACUGAAUGUGGCAAAGCUUUUAGCCACUGUUCAAACCUUAGCCAUCAUCAGAGAAUUCAUACUGGACUAAAGCCUUAUAAAUGUAGAGAAUGUGGUAAAACCUUUAUCCGGAGCUCAAAUCUUACUCAACAUCAGAGGAUUCAUUCUGGAGAGAAGCCUUAUACAUGUAGAGAAUGUGGCAAAGCCUUUACCCAGGGCUCACAGCUUACUAAACAUCAGAAAAUUCAUUCUGGAGAGAAGCCUUAUAAAUGUGGAGAAUGUGGCAAAGCCUUUACCCGGGGCUCACAUCUUAAUCAACAUCAGAAUAUUCAUUCUGGAGAGAAGCCAUAUAAAUGUGGAGAAUGUGGCAAAGCCUUUCGCUGGUAUUCAGCCUUUUCCAAACAUCAGAGAAUUCAUUCUGGAGAGAAGCCUUAUGAAUGUAGAGAAUGUGGCAAAACCUUUACCCGGAACUCAAAUCUUACUCAACAUCAGAGAAUUCAUUCUGGUGAGAAACCUUAUACAUGUAGAGAAUGUGGCAAAGCCUUUAUCGAGAGCUCACAACUUGCUAAACAUCAGAAAAUUCAUUGUGGGGAAAAGCCCUAUAAAUGUAGAGAAUGUGGCAAAGCCUUUACCCGGGGCUCACAUCUUACUCAACAUCAGAAUAUUCAUUCUGGAGAGAAACCCUAUAAAUGUACAGAAUGUGGCAAAGUCUUUAGCUGGUAUUCGGCCUUUUCCAAACAUCAGAGAAAUCACUCAGGACACAAACCCUUAUAAAUGUGUAGAUGUCAAAAUGCCUUCACAUCAUAUUUAAACAUUUAUAGCAUCAAAGGACUCAGCUAUAGAGAAGCCUUAGAAACACAGAAUGUGGCAAAGCCUUUACCCACUGCUCAAAUCUUACCAAAUAUAUGAGAAUGCACACCUGAGAGAAGCUUUACAAAUGUGAAAAGUAUGACAAAGCCUUUAACCUUGCUAUAGCUGUACUCAAUAUUGGGAAAUUCAUAGAGAAUAGAAGCAAUCUAUGUAAUAAAAGCCUAAGCAACCUUUACAGCAAAACAUCCAGAAUGACUGGCUGCUAUGAUGCUCACUGACCACCACGGGGCAGACACUCAACAUAGGAGCUGCCCUCUGGUGGUCAGUGCACUCCCACAGGGGGAGCACUCCUCAGCCAGAAGCCAGGCUCAUGGCUUGUGAGCGCAGUGUUGGUGGUGGGAGCCUCUCCUGCCUCCGCAGCAGUGUUGAGGAGCAGCGAGCCAAGUGGUAAGAAGCAGUGAGUAGGCAGGUGGUAAGUAGUGAGUGGUCCUGGACUGCGAGAUGGAUAUCCGACUGCUGGCUUAGGCCUGUUCCGCAUGUGGAGCAGGCCUAAGCUAGCAGGUGGACAUCCCCCAAGGGGUCCUGGACUGUGAGAGGGCACUGGCCGGGCUUAAGGACCCCCCCCCACUCCAGUGCACAAAUUCUGUACACUGGGCCUCUAGUAUAAAUAUAAAGAAUAUGGAAAAAAUUCCAACCAUUGCCCAAACCUCACUAAAUAUCAUACCAGAGAGAAGGCUUACAAUGCAGAGAAUUUGAUAACACCUUUACCCAGUGUUGAAACCUUAAUCAAUAUCACAUAAUUUAUGCUUUACUGAAAGAAUAAAAAUAUAAACAAUGUGGCAAAACCUUUUACCAUUGCUGAAGCCUCAAUGUACUUUAGAGCCGCGGUUGCCAACCUUUCAGACCUCAAUGGACCACCAGUGGUCCGUGGACUACCGGUUGGCGACCGCUGCUUUUGAGAAUUUAUAGUGGAGAGAAGCCAUGCAAAUAUAAAAUGUUCAGCAAAGAUUGUUUUCAGCACUUAUAGGUACAUCUUAACUGCCACAUGAGUAUUCUUACUGGAGAAAAACUUAAAAUGUUAAAGAAUGUGCAAACCCUAUACCUGAACCUACAAUCUUCCUUCAUAUCAGAGAAUGCAUACUUAUGAGAAAUUCUACCUUUGAUAUAAAUGAUAAAAAAUAUUUUCUCACAAUACAUACUUCAGAAUAUCCCACAGCAUUUGUGCUUGAAAGUGAUUUUAAUAAAAUUAAAUGUAUAAUAUCAGAGAAUUCACAGUAGAAAGUAGUAAGUCAGUAACACUUUUCAAAUAUGACUUUAAAUCAGAAUACUUAUUUUAGAGAAUCUAGUAAGGAAAGUUACAUGAUAUUUUAGUAUAAAUCAGAAUAGCAAGGGGAUGAAUAUUAGGACAAAUGUAAUUGUCUCCACUGAAUUCUUUUUUGUUACAACAGUUAUAAAAGUUUGUGACUUUUUUUAAACAAAAGUAUUCAUGUGAUUUCCAUCUCAAUUCAUUUCAUGAUCUUUGAAUGCUUGUAAUGUGUAUUUCAACCCUAAGCAAUAUAUUGUGCUUGCAAUACUUUAUUUAGACUAUGUGUGGACUUAGUAUGUUCAUUAAUAAAGAUGAAGUAAUUGAAAUAUGU